GACGCAUAUAAAGUGGGUUGGGGCGUCUCGAAAAAAAGAGAGCUUUGAGCCUAGGAAGUCCCUGUAACCUUAUUAUUUGUGGAUCCAAACAUUGGCUGCUCACUUUUCCUGCAUCUUUAAAAAUGCUGGCUCUCGUGCCCCGUUCUUAAGGAAGUUUGCUGAAGCGUAGGUUCACUUUCUUCCGUACCUGAUUGGCACCAGGAGAAUUAAAAGUUAGAGUACGGCCGAUCCUCAGUCUCCCCCUGGCCUUGGAAGAGCGGCCAGUGCAAUUCACAUUCCAUGGUACUGGAACCAAGGCACGGAUUCGCUGGAGCAACCGCUGACACUUCUCUUGCAGUCUCACACACCUAUAUCAAUGGACGCGCCGCUGGACGGACAGAAUUAUAUGCACUUCGCCCUCAUCUAUCUCGAUGAGGGUGGCAAACUCCGCUUCGAAGCCUCACCUUCUAUCGCAAGCAACUGCCAAUCAGUAUUGUCACCGAACGUGACCGACUCAUUUCUGCGAGCCGUGGCCCUGUCGAACAAGAACGGUACCCCGAAGCUUAUAGGCUCCCCAGGGUCGCAGUCCGAUGAUGCCAGAGGGAAGAGUCCCUUGUCGCCGCAGUCACCAAACCAAGGAUCGAGUCGCGGGUCGUCGAUGUUCCACGAUGGCAACCCAACCAAGAGAAAGCGGGUUUCUCACGAGUGUGUCGUACCGAUGAGCAUUAAUUGCCACCAGAAGACCAUGCUUCCCAUCCGGAACCGCAGUUUGUUGCGGCGGUACUAUGAGAAAGCAUUCGAGAGCCUGCAGCAGAUCAACUGCCGGAUCCUCGCCAAGGCAUACAUCAAGCUUGUGGAGCCUCGAAAGCAGGUCAACUUUCCCUAUAACGGCCGCAAGAUCAUCUCGGGGACUUCGCAGCAGUUCGACCCCGAGUUGACGAAGCCGGCCUGGUGGCCAUCGGGAGUCACUCACCGGGAACCCGAUCACCUUCUCAAGCCAGAGAGAAUCCGGUUGUUGGUACACAUCCUGUGCGAGCUGCGAACGAGCCAUGCCAUCUGUGUCGACAGACUCAAGGAGGCCGACCAGUCCAUUCGACGUUCGAUCUCACCCCAAGAGCGCAUGCCGGUGCUGGAUGAAAUCUAUAGCGUGCGCGAAGAGGAGGAGAAUUAUCUCGACGGCAGGACCGAUGGUCAAGCAGUCGUCUGCGUCUCUCGAGUCCACCUCCCCGACAUGGCCGAUUCCCACGGCAUGGGCUCAUCCACGGGGAGCAUGCUGAAAUCGGAGAUCAACCCCGUGUAUAGACGAGAGGUUCCCGACAUGGAAUCCCACACGUCGGUCUUCCCAACCACCGGCGGCUCACCAACAAGCGACAGUGCCGAGAAACGCCGGAAAGAGAGCAGCAAGCUCAAUCACAGCCUGCCUGCCACCUGGGACCACUGUGUUCCCCCAUCGCUCCCAUCUCUGAGCAACCCCAAGCGAGCCCGCGACAGCGACAGCUCGUACCCCGUGGACAUCUCGAAUCCCCCCCUGUUCCACCACGACACCCCUACCUCGAUGCCAUUGGACAGUCAGACCUUUCCGCUCAGGUAUUACAACGAACCUCAUCUCAAUCACCACCACAGCCAGUCGCAACAGACCCUUCCGGUCCUUGGACUCUCCGGGACGGAGCUGGGAGGGUGUCCUCAACCAUACUAUUUUAAUUAUUAGACCACAUCUCCUUUGUUUCACUUUCCUUUGUUUCAUCUCAAAUCUUUCAGCGUUUUGAUCUCCUUUGUUAUUUUUUCUUUUGUUCAGCAGGGUCGAAGGCGCGACGGGAGCGUUGAUUAACGGCAACCAGGGAAACACAACACCACACACCACACAACACAAUACUUAAGUUUCGGUUCUUCAGGAAAGGAAACUCGAAAAGAAGAUAAUCCACGGGAGUCCGGGGCUGUAUAUAUCUCAUCAUAUAUCUGGAAGGGAGUCGGGCGUGCCAGCAGGGCUAUUUAUGUGCGAAAGGCGCAAUGACCUAGAGAAGGAUCCCACCUAGUCAUCUAAUAUCAAAUAAUGAGGCGUUUCAACAGACAUGUGAGGAAUAAGUUUGGUCAAUUCGCGACGUAAGGGGGAGCAGAGAAGCGAUCCAGGAAGC